CCCCAUCUGGUGGUCAACGCUGAACACUGCAGACAAGAUGGCGGCCGCCGUGAGAACAUUGUGCUGCUCAGUGUUGAGAAACUCCAGCAGACAGUUAAGCACAACGUGUGGAGUGCAGGCCGGAGAGAAAUGGAGGAAAGAGCAUGGACUUUCUCGAAGCGGCACAGAGUAUGGACCUCUGACAGAUCUGCCUGACUGGUCGUUUGCAGAUGGGAGACCAGCACCACCAAUGAAGGGCCAGCUGAGAAGAAAGCAAGAGAGGGAAGUUUUAGCAAGACGUAUCGUGAUGUUGAGCACAGAGAUGGACAAAGGAAUGGAGACGUGGAAGUCAAAACAGGACGAGGCCAAAAGAAUCGAGGAGCACAAAAAGUCUCUUCUGUUCAAACCGAAAGGGAAGCUAUUACUUAAGAAAAAAUCUCAAAGUUAGACACAGACUAUCACCAUGAUCAUGUUUUAAUAUCCUUAUUAUCAAUAUGUUGAUAUUCCUCCUGUGGGACGUAUUUAUGCAGAUGUGUGGGUUUUCUCCUGCUUUAUAAUUUGUGUUUUUCAGUAUUCAUGUGUUUCUGGAAUAAAUGAUUGUUCUUUCUGAUUUAAAAAUGAA